AUGGCAAGGUUACGGCAUUGGUGUAAAGGAGAGGGCAUUAACCCUACCCAUGCCAUUCUGCUCAAAGAUGUUCCCGAAGACACUGAGAUUGAACGCAUAGAAGGAACUCUGCAAUCCAUUAAAGUUCUUGGACGUGUUAAAGUCAGAGGACGCAUGUACGAUCCUCAGAGUCAAUGUUUGACUGUACUGUGUGAAUGCAGAGAGAAAGUAAAUCCCAAAGCUAUUCCCUUAGACACCCUCCUGCCGGAAGGUAGUAAUGCACCAUGGAGAAUUGUUGGAUAUUCAGAGGAGGAGGAAGGGUCAGCUGACCAAGUGCUCGCAGAGGACUUGCAGUUGCCACCAACAGAGUUAGGCCCUGUUCCACCACUUCAGGCCUCUACUCCGGAAGCUAUCAUCAGAGCUGUGGGAGACCUUCUGCAAAGCACAGCCAAGCCGGUAAGUGAUAAUAGCAACUACCGGAGGCUACGAACCUUCUCAGGGAUUGUCCCUACUCCCCCAGGAGAGGAGCCAUUGGAGAACUGGAUAUUGCAAGCUCGUUUGAUGAUAGAGGAAUAUGAUUGGCCUGACAAAGAAAAGAAAAUGAGAAUAAUGGAAAGUGUAAAAGGUCCUGCUUUGGAAAUAUUGCAGGCCGUCCGCUUUAAUAACCCAGAGGCCACACCCCAAGGGUACGUGGAUGUGAUUGAGAACACAUUUGACACACCAGAGACAGGAGAAGAACUGUACUUCUCAUACAGAAUGCUAUGCCAGCAUCCCGGUGAAAAACUUUCUGAGUUUCUGCGAAGGAUGGAAAGAUCCCUGAACAAAGUAGUGAAAAAAGGAGGUCUGUCCCCGACUUCCAUAGACAAAGCCCGCCUUGAUCAACUCAUUAAAGGAGCCACAAGGGGCAUAUGUCCAGGAUCUUAG